UUUUUUGUACUUUGUUUUAGUACAUCAUAUCUACUCUUGUAGUAAACUUAGUUCAGCAGCUGGAGAUAUGGUGAAGACAAUAGCAGAUGAUUUGUUUGGAAAAUUACCAAAUGAAAUCAUUUGCAAAAUUAUUUCUUUUCUCCCUUCAGAAUCUGCAUUAGAAACCAGUUUAAUUUCAAGUAUGUGGAGAGGCCUUUGGAAUACAACUUUAGUUCAGCGGGUCACUACAAAUGCUGCUGCUGCUGAUGCAGUUUCUGAGUUUCUAUCUCACUUUGACCAACAUGAUCCCUUACGGCAUCCUAGGAAGCUGCAACUGCACUUUGGGAAACACAGUGAUCUCCUAUUGGCUACAGUUGCAGCCAACAAUAAACUCCACCUGGAGUUUUCCACAGAGAAUAAGGAAAUUCCAAGGCAUUUUGGUUGGAACUUGAAGCUGAAUCACCGAAGGGUCCAAACCCUAAUUUCCCACCAGCCUUCUCCCUCUAAUUUCUUUGUCAAAAUUCUUUACCUAAAAUCAGUCAGCUCUUUUGGCAAUGAAGCAAUUUCUUCUAUGAUUCCGAGUUUCGAAUUUCUCGAAAACUUGAAGAUCAUUGAAUGUGAAGGGUUACAAUCUUUGCAUAUCGAGUCCAGUCCAAGGCUACUCAGCCUGACCAUCUUUGACUGCCAGGAUCUCAAGUCUCUCCACCUCAAAACUUCAAAACUUCGAUCUUUUCGAUACCGUGGUUUUCUCCCUCAGAUUUGGACGGAACAUCAUUUUAACUUAGCAGACGCCAUGCUUGAUUUCAGGCAAGGCCCCGUCUACAGCGGAUUCAAAAGUACCGACUUUGAUCCUAUGUUGUUAACCAUUAAAAAUGCUCAAGUUCUCACACUAAGCAAAUGGACUUUUCAGACAUUGAUCUGGCCAUCCCUUUUGUCACUACAAGCAAACUUCAUAUUCUACAAGCUGAAAGAGCUACGGUGGAUUGAUAAUCGGGAAGAAAGAUGCAACAGCGAUGCUCUGAUGUCCUUUAUUAAAUUAUGUCCAGCUUUGGAGCAACUCUCUCUAACUUGAGGAUGAUCCUAAAGGCGACUCCAUGUCAAGGACAGCUCGAUCCUAGAAGAAAGUCAGAGGCCAAACAAAACUGGCUAAUCUCAAAGUGAUUAAGUUGGCGGGAUUUACUAAUCAAGAGGAUGAAAUCACUUUGGCAGAGCAUAAAUUAUAGAGUUGCAGCCAAUUACCAUAAUCAUUAGCAGCAUCAAGAGAGAAAUGAGUAUACAACAUGGUAACAUGGGUCUACGUACACACCAAAUUCUCAAGUCUGAAUUUUUUGCUCCCUAGUAAAAGGUUAUGUGAUCCACUCUAUGUAUACAUGAUGAAAUUGCCUUGCUCAAACGAUUUGAAAGCGUGUGCAUAUAAAAGAUAUGGGUUAGAUCAGUUUUUCAAUACAAA